GAUUCUAGGGGGAUAUAUGGUCGAUGCAAAUACUUCGAUUCCAGCAACAGUGCUUUCAUUCCUGUUUCAUGAAGGUGCUGUUUCCUGGAUUUAAAAAUGUCAAACCUUUCUAUUGAUUUUUCAUAUUACACCCAAAUGUUGUGUAUUUUGUAUGUGAGGCAAAAUUAUUUCCCCAAUCUUAUCAAUCAUAUACAUGAAAUGUAAUGAUCACCUAGCCACUCUAUGACCCUGUAGUGCUGUAUGAUUUAUAAUAUGAGAGAAUUUGGUAGUGCCACUCACUUAUAAUAUCAUUGAUGGUGCAUCUAUGGUGCCAGGCUGACCCUGUGUGUCCUUGUUUUGUGGAGUGCAGUGGAUAUUUUGAUGGACUGAUGUCACUUUAUGUGGAUUUCAGCUGAUUGUGUCUGUAUAUUUCAAUAAAGAUAGUUAAUAUCAACCUGUAUGGCUAUUUAAUGCGAAAACCCAAUUUAUACAAAUCCAUGCUGUAAUCAAUAUUCUUAUAUUUUAUGUGCCUAUUGGGCUUGAUGACACCUUCACACUGUGCUUGUGUGAGUAUUGAUCCUAAAUUAUUUCUCAUUUAACCAUGUGAAAAGCAAAGCACGAGUUACUGAUUGUCUAAUUUUUUUCAACCUGACUAGAUGAAGUAACUUUUAGAUGACCCCAGGAAGACAAAGCCAAGACAGGUCUUUUGUACAUCUUAUGGUCCCCCUGAUGUUCCCUUGGCAAUUUUAGCUCUCGGUUUCUAUUUAACCCCCUACAAUGGACUUAAGAAUGGAAGAAAGGCAGCUCCUGGGCUUCAUAUACACCAACACAUUUUAUCCAAGCAUCUGCACACUAUCUUGAUCUUGCAGGGUAGAACAGGAUAUAAAAGUCAGCUGCGACUAAAUUCAUAGUUGUCUGGGUGAUUAGCCGAGGCUUUUUUUUAUUAGCACGUGAAAUGUGUAAUUAAGGGGGGUGGGGUUGGAACGGGCUCAUAAUGAUCCAAUUAAAUCAAUAUUAUUUUGUUAUUUUGUGAAAAUUAUGAGGUACAAUUAACGCCAGUGAUAAACUUUCUGCUCUGUGAUUGGCUGGAGCGGUCACAUGGCCACCUAACUUUAUUCAGUUGACAGCAAGUAGGAGGGCUUUAUGGAGGGAGAAAAAAAGACAACACGAGAAAAAUUAGUAUUUUCUAUCCUCAGAAAUUAAUGGCCAUGAGUUCGUACAUGGUAAACUCUAAGUAUGUGGAUCCUAAAUUCCCUCCAUGCGAGGAGUAUAUGCAGGGCAGCUACCUGGCUGAUCAGGGCUCUGAUUUCUUCAGCCCUCCGGCUCAGGGCUCAGAGUACCAGCCACACCAGGGGAUCUAUGGCCGCUCACACUACAGCGACGAGUCGUUCAGUUGCAGCCAAGCUCAGAGCUCUGCUCUCCAGCCCCGGGGUCAUGCACAGGAGCCCAGCGCCCCCCAGGAACCAUUUGCAGCUGCUGAUGACCAUUGCCCUGCUCCAGCCACUCUCUCCAGCUCCCGAGCCUGCAGCCAGCAGCAGCACCCCAAAAAUGGCACCCUGGGCAAACCCCCAGCCAUAGUUUACCCCUGGAUGAAAAAAGUCCAUGUCAACUCAGUGAAUCCAAAUUACACUGGAGGGGAACCCAAACGAUCCAGGACUGCUUACACCAGGCAGCAAGUCUUGGAACUGGAAAAGGAGUUUCAUUUUAACAGGUAUCUCACUCGACGUCGCCGGAUAGAAAUUGCCCAUAGUCUGUGCUUGUCCGAACGCCAAAUCAAAAUCUGGUUUCAAAACAGGAGAAUGAAAUGGAAGAAAGACCACAAAUUGCCCAACACCAAAGGCAGAUCCACUUCUUCUUUAUCCCAACACAUACAAACUGUUUCCAAGGACCAUCAGACUGACCUGACCUCUUUAUGAGAAAAAAUGGCAGAUUUUUAUUUUCUACCUUUAUAUUCCCUACCAUCAUUCCUUUCGAUCUGCAAUCUGUGAGCAAGACUGGAGCGAAUUGUGCAAAGAAAGCAGGAAAUAAUGACUCCAGGGCAGUCAAUUUCAUAGGUGAUGCUGUGUAAAGGAUUUCUAUGGCAAUAAGGGACUAUUCAGUUCAGAGGCACAACCAACAAAUACCCAUGUAUAGGAGACAUUUUCAAAUAAAACUAAAAAGUCAGAUUGCAACAAAUAUUGAGUGUUUUGGGCACAAGAAACAUAUUUUUAUUUCAUCAGUGAAGAUUCCAGAAAGAUCUGCUGAGAAGGUGACAUAGUUUAUUGGGAAUCAGUAUGUAUGUCCCAUCUUAUUGCUGGCCUCGGUAUUGCGUUAACCUGGAAAUGCAGAUCAAGUUAGCAGCAGGUCUCUAAAAUCUGAAAAUGUGUUGGCUACAUGGUCUUUACAUUCGCUUGUGGAUUUCUAAAUCCUGCCUUCAGUAUUAAACACAAUAUACCAAAAUCCUUAAAAAAAGAAAUACUAUAUGAAAUAAACGGGUUUAUUGUAUUUGAAAACUGUUUUCACGUAUUUAUUUAAAUUGAACUUAUGUAUCAAACAAAAAAACAAUUUAAACCAAAAAAAAAAAAAUGAAAUACCACACUCACCAAGAGAGUUUUAAACGAAUUUUCUUUUAUUGCAAUAUCUCAUUCAUAAAAAAAAAAAAGAAAAAAUGACUACCACUGCAAUUUAACAGAACUUAUUUAUUAUUUAGCCCUAAUUUAGUAUUUAGACAUGACGAUGUAUAUGAUGUAGUUUUUUGUUUUGUAUAUGUAUACUCAGAUUUGUUUUGCUAGCAAACGUGUCCCUCAGUAAAUAUGAAAGACAUAUUUUCAAUGUUGCCCAUAAAAGAACAGGAUGUAAAAGUGAAUGUAGCUCUUUUUUUAGUAACAUUUGUUUGCAUAUAAUUUUACAAAAUUAUAUUAAUGUAAUAUUUUAGAAUAAGUCUUCCAAAUGGUAAAGGGAAAUGUUUCUAGGAAACUGACCGCAAUAUUUAUCCUUUCAGUUGUAUUUUUAAUCUGCCCCUUCCAUAAAACAGUUUUUUUUUUAUCAGUUUGUAUACGGAAUCAUCAUGUAAAGAUAAAACAAAAGAAAAUGUGAUUGUAUAAAUGCCUAGCAUAAAGGAAGGUAUUGGCAGAUUCAUUUUUAACGCUGACUUGAAAUCUGUUUUCCUUUAAAUGUGAUUUAACAAAAUAAAAUUACAGAGAAAAUA